AUGUCACCGCCACUCUCUCAUCUCGAGCGCGGGGAUCCACCACCGCGCCGUAAGUCUUGCUCGGACUGUGUCAAGGCCAAGAGAAGGUGCAGCCAGACCUUCCCAACAUGUCUCCGUUGCGCGCAGCGGAAGUUGCUUUGCCGAUAUCCUUCUCAGGCGCGCAUCACGCUUGUUCUGGAUGCGUCCUGGCCGGGAGACGAGCACUUUGAUACUGAUCUUACCGUGGAUUCUUUUGGGACCAUUCAAGAUCCGGCACUGUCGUCGGUACCAUCAUGGACGGACUCAACUACAGCUCUUUUCGAGAAUGAGAGCGGAGAGGCAGGGUUGAUUUCCACAACGACAGAUAUGUACAAACCAGUGUAUCCCACGAGGGGCGUCUCACCUAGAUCUUCUCUGCAAGUCGCCCCUCCGAGACACUUCAAUCUCGAAGCCAUCAACCAAGAGGUCCAGAACAGGCUGCUGUAUGCCAUGGACCAGAUCAAAUCUGCGCCCAAGACAAUGCUAGCUGAGCUCCAGACCCCAUGGUGUCACCCUGCACUUUAUAGAGACGAGGUGCCCCAGGUCAUGCAAGGGGCUAUAGCAGCAUGUGCCCUAUACACAUCCAAGAAUGCCAUCAACGGCCCCGUCAUCAUGCGCUGCAUCGACACCAAAGUAAACGGCCUUCUCAACUCAGAGACACCAAGAGACCUCCUCCACGCCCUAGCUCGCACUCACGCCAUGAUGCUUUACCAGAUCACCAGAUUCUUCGACGGUGACAUCGUCGCCCGCUGCUCUGCAGACGCCAUGUUCACCGAACUGCAGUCCUCCGCCCUCGCCCUGGCAAGCUACACCCACUGGGAUGCGCACGCUACCACCGGCCCUCCAGGCUCCUGCGAAACAGUUCACCUCGGCGGCGACGGCGGAGUUGAUGCCUCCUCACUCCUGAGCCUGCAGGCCUUACGGCAGUUCUGGAGGGACUGGGUGCUGCACGAGUCCGCGCGGCGGACGCAUCUCAUCGCGUGUUUCUUUAUGAAGGUGUGGAAGCUGCUCACGGGGCGCCAGGUCGCCGAGUGUGGGGAGGAUGUUCGUGCGAACCUCGUGGGGCGGAACUGGACGCUCUCUGCGCAUUUAUGGCAUGCGCGGGAUCCGUACGAAUUUGCGAUUGCGUGGCGGGAUAAGAAGCAUUAUGUGGUCAAGAGGCGAAGCAUCUUGAGCACGAUGGCUGAUGCCAAGGGAGAUGAUGUUGAGUCGUUUGGGAAGAUGUUGCUCACCGUCGGUACGUAUCUGCCUUGCCUGCGGUCAGGAUUCAACAGAGCAUAG